CAAACGCGCCGAUCGCUGCAGAGCCAUGGCGGAUGCUGAGACCCGGCUUGGGGCGACCGAAGAGGUCCUGGCUGAAGUAGCAGGCAUUCUAGAACCUGUAGGCUUGCAGGAAGAAGCAGAGCUGCAGGCCCGGGUCCUUGAGGAAUUUGUGAAGAAUUCUCGGAAGAAAGACAAACUGCUUUGUAGUCAGCUUCAGGUAGUGAACUUCCUACAGAAUUUUCUGGCUCAGGAAGAUACUGCCCAGAGCCCAGACACUUUGGUUUCUGAAGACACAAGUCGACAGAAGGCAAGUGAAGUUAAAGAGCAAUGGAAGGAACUGAAGGCCACCUACCAGCGUCAUGUGGAAGCCAUAAAAUGUGGUCUGACCCAGGUCAUACCCCAGGUAGAAGAGGCUCAAAGGAAGUACACAGAGCUCCAGGAGGCUUACGAGCAUCUCCAGGCUAAGAAGCAAGAAGUUGUGAAGAAACAGGAAGCAUCCCAGAAGAAGUGGGAGCUGCACCAGAAAAAUCUCCAGUGUCUGGCAGAGAUAACUGCAAAGGUAAAGGAACUUAAGGCGAGAACCCAGCAGAAGCUUGACCAAUCGAAUCAGGAACUUGAAAACUUGAAGCAGCAAGCAGAACAGGAACAAGAUAAGCUGCGGAGGAACAAAACCUACCUCCAGCUAUUGUGUACCCUGCAGAAGAAGCCACUGGUCUCUGAGGCCAAGGCUGAGGACAUGGGAAAUGCCCUUCUACCUGAAUCUCUCUAAGGAACAAAGAAAAAUACUCUUUUAGCAUGGAACACCCUAUCCAGUGAAAAUCAGAAGUCCUGUGAUAAUGUGGUGGCUUGAGAAGUGAGAUUGUAUAAUGAUAUCUUCAAGAGCUAAGGAGUACAGAUUGAAUGAAAUCCAAUUAAGAUUGACAGCUGUUCGGAAGCCUGUUAACA